GCAGGGGAGCUUUGAGAGUGUAUAGCAUGGGGGUGAGAGAGCUUUGAGAGUGUGUAGCACUGGGGCACACGUUGAGAGUGUGCAGCUAUAUCCGUACCUUACUUCAUUUGCUCUCUGUCUGCUUUGAACUUGCAGUUGAGGAUGUGAUCUUUCAGCUUUCUGAUUCCCCCAAAUACCUCCCCACCAUGGUGAACCCUCAUCUCUCCGGAACCAUAAGCCCAAAUAAGCCUUUCCUUCUGUUAUGGCAUUUUUGUCACAGUAGCAGAGAAAUAACUAAGACACCAAUUCAAUCCUUCGAGAUCACUCUUAAUCCUCUCAUGAGAUGGGAGCUCUUGUGACAUAGUCACCUCCUGAAGGUCCCAUCCCAUUCAGAGCUGUUACAUUAGCAGUGAAAAUUUCAACCCAGGUUUUGGUGGAACAAAUCAUAUCCAAAGCCCAUAGCAUGGGCAACGUACUUCUUAUAGAGUGCUUUCAUAUGUUCUGAGCUUCACGAGGUGAGUGGUUUUGACUCCGUAGUGGAUGAACCAGAAGGCGCUGAGGCUAUGUGGUUUGCUGGUAAAGGAUGGAAAUUGUCUUGGAUGCAGAGCCUGUGCCCUUUGAGGCGCUGUUCUGCGUUGGAUGCUGUGACGAUCAGUAAGGAACUUCUGCUGUAGAGACCUGGUUUUAAAGCUCAUACUUCACAGAUGGAGUUGAGAUAUUUUGUGAUUUCAGUGGGUAUAUUAUUAGCUGGCUGUGGCUGCCGUACAAAGUACCAUAAACUGGGUGGUUUUAAUGACAGAAAUGUAGUUCUGUAGGCCCCAGGUUGGUUUCUUCUGAGGGCUCCUAGACAUGAUAAUGUCGUACCAUCCCAUGUCUUUACAUCAGUGUGCAGUGUGCUUCCUCUGUGUGCAGAUCUAUGUCCCUACUUCCUUUCCCUUCCUUCUUUUUUUUAUAGUUUCAUUAGAAUAGGACUCUCCCCUAUGACAUCUUAUCUUCCAAGAAGGCCACGGUUUAAGGAACUGAGAGUUAUGAUGCUAGCAUAUGAAUGUCUAAGGGACACAAUGCAAACCCAUAACGGUGGGCAUGCCAGUAGAACAUAGCUCUUUCUUUUGUUAUCUAGACAGACAGAGCAGUAAACACAGGGUCUGUGUUUAAGGGUCUUAUAUUCUGCUAAGGAGAGAACAGGCGAGUAUGAUGUCAGGUAGUGACAGAGUAAGGCGCAGAGAGAGACUCGGGGCAGGAGUGGAGCUGAAUGAUGGGACGGGGUGAGCUUUCUGCAGGGCCUUCCUGGCUGAGGAAAUGGCCUAUCCAGAGGGUCCAAGGCACGGCAGUGAGUGCCCUUUGUGUGGGAAGAAGAGGCAGGCCCUGUGGCUUCAGCAGAGAGCAAGGAAGAACCACACAGCCAAGGAGUGGCAAAGACUCAACUAUGAUAUCUACACCCUGCGGCAGAUCCGCAGGGAAGUGAGGAACAGGUGGAGACGAAUCUUAGAAGAUUUGGGCUUUCAAAGGGAAGCUGACUCUUUGUUGUCAGUGACCAAACUCAGCACCAUGAGUGAUUCCAAAAACACGAGGAAAGCCCGAGAGAUGCUGUUAAAACUGGCAGAAGAGACCUCUAUCUUCCCAGCCAGCUGGGAGCUCUCCGAGAGAUAUCUCUUGAUUGUGGACCGGCUCAUUGCUCUAGAUGCUGCUGAUGACUUCUUUAAGAUUGCUAGCCAAAUGUACCCCAAGAAACCUGGGGUCCCAUGCCUGGUAGACGGCCAGAGGAAGCUGCCCUACCUUCCAUUUCCAAGUCCCUGAAGGGAGGCCCAGAAGAACAGAGCUCUUUACACAGUAAUUCACCCAAGCUGGACAGCUGCCCACAGUUUCCAGUGAGCCAGGAGAGGGCUUUCUCCAGUCAAACACUAAUGUGAAUCCUACGAAACGAAAGGUCUUCCUCAGGACCCUCCCCUAAGGAUGCUCUGGUUACACUAAAACACCCGGUGACCACCGUGCAUCCAGAAAGGAAGGUUAAAGAGGUGGUUGGUGGGCAAUUCUUCCUGGAUAGUCAGGUUCCAAGAAUCCAUGGCUUCAUUGGUUAUGUAAGCCACAGUCAUUCAUUCUGUGGAGUGUGGAGGACUGAUGUUUUCUAAUCAACAGAAGGGUCUGACUAAUAGAGAAGGGUGUAACCGAGCCCUCAAUUACAUCGCCAAUGUUGAGGUAAUCAUUAUUAAGUGUAAUACUAGACAGGGUGCCCCAGAUUUCAUAAAACCUCCUAAAACCCCCUGUGACCUCGCUUUGAUUUGGAAACACCUGCAGCAGCUGGGGCGCUGUUUAGGGCAUCCCUCUGAGCAUCAGGCACGGUUAUUUAGAAGACUAGGUGAGCCAGACCAUAGAUUUGUGUAGACAUACAGCCCAGACAGCAGAACUUCCUGUAGCUCGUGUCUUCCUCUGUGAUGAGAGCACCCCGAAUCCUUGGCACCAAUCCUCAGCCCUGAAGUUACCCAGUUGCCUCGAUUUUUUUUUCCCAUGUUGCCCAUUUCUGAUCCAAAAGCCCUUGGCAUUUUUAGGAAGAAUAGCAUCUGUAAACUGGAACGUUUGGCCUCUACUCCCUGCCUUGAAUCUGUUUCCUGAUUGUCAGCUGAGGGUCGCAGCCGCCUAGGGACCUUUUGGUGCAAACUUGCAGAUAUGCAGGUAGUGGCACAUGCUGACUGCUGGGUCUUCACUCUGAGGGUGAUUUUCUAAAAUGGAGCUGUGCUAACAGUGCAGCUUGCCCACCGAAUGAGAAGCCCCAUCUCCCAAGAUCAUAAAGCAAAGCUUGCCAAGAGAUCGUGGUGCGUUUUGUUGAAAGGCCUUUAAAGACUUGUGGGAUUUAUCUGUAGACUUCUGAGGACAAUAGAAAUAUUUUUAUUUUUUAACAAUUUUGCACUUCUGACUUCAGGUGGAAAAUAAAUUUGUAUUAGUCUGUUCAGGGGAUUGAGACUUGAAAAAUUUCAUAUCCUGAGAAGUUUUUUUUCCCCCAAGCGUAUACUUCAUGUUUAAAAUAUUUACUAGGAAAUACAUGUCCUCCAUUCAUUAAUAUAUUAUAGACUAAUUUAACAGGUGCGUUUCAGGAAAAUUCUUCCUAGUUUAAUAAGUAAGGUAAAAGUUUUAUUUUAUUUUAUUUUUUUUUUAGUGUUUAGUGCUUAUUCUCUACUUCAUGUUUAAGAUUAGCCCACAACUAUUUUCAGUCUCUUCUGUGGGCUAUUAGAAGAUAAACAAUAAAAUAAACAAAAGACAUCUUAGAAUGUUGUAUUGUUUUAAUCAGAA